GCUUGGACUUUUGCUUCGAGUCGCAAUUGCGAUAUUUCUCUAAGCCGAGUUGUUAAGAGGCGACUUGUCAUCUUUCAUCAAAUUCAACGUUAGUAACCAGACGAUGCUGACGGUGACCACCAUGAUGGCCGUGCAUCCAAAACCGGUCAAAGAUGGGAAUUCCAGAAGCCACCCUUCUUGGCUGCUGAUGAAAUCGAUGAACACAGGCACUGACAAAGGACUGACUGGACGGGAUGGAAAAUACCCGACGGGACCUUGAACGAAUCUCGGGGCCGCUUCUCUCCAAUUCGCGGUCCUUCCUGAUGAUCACAGGUUGUUGGAGGGCAGGAUGGAAGGCACAAGGCGCACACGUUACACUCGAAUGCAAAGGUCAUCCUCAUGUCCAUCGUUACCUCUUUGAGUUUGUCAGCUUACACGCUACACUAUAUCCCAGUCAGUCAAGAGAUUUGCACACAUCUCAGCCCUAUCAAAACUUGUGUCUUGUGGCGGAAUGUGUUGGCCUCUUGUCGACCUCGGCUGGCUCUGAGUGUCGUGGCACUCCGUCCGGGAGUUGAACUUGCACAGUUGCAAAGCCUUAUGGCCAACUCACUUGUGAAAUCGCCGCCGACAACGGAGAUCUGUUGGGUCGAAACAAGGAAAAGAUCACAUCUCGAUAUAAAUGCACUGGCUUUGUGUACGGUGAUGCUGAUAGUGGUGGUCAUGGUGUUGUCACCAGGUGGCCCCGCCAAGCCCUACCGAUUACUCGCUUGUGCGGCUCCCGAGGAACCUGAGACGACACGAAGCAGGAAGGGGAAGGUCAAGAUGGCGACGAUUCAGAUGCCUGACCGGGUGUUUCUGUCGAGUUUCCUGUUAUUUGCAAGUUUAUCGUUUAGAGUCGGACAUUGGUUUGCAAUCUGGAAGGUCGAAAGGCAAACGAGUGGAUAAGGCAUGAUAGCCACCAAGUACCAUGAGGUCUAGAAAGCCACACAUAACUCCACUUCCCGGGAUCCAACUUUGGUUCUGGUCCUCGUUCUUGUGCAAAUCGCAGUGUACUAUAACCGUCAGCAGUAGUCAGCC